AUGCUCGACGUCCCCGCCCACUCCACCGCCCUCCUUGCGGCCAAGGCCAAGUCUGGCAAGACCUUCGACCAGAUUGCCGAGGAGAUCAACAAGCCCGAGGUCUGGACCACCGCCCUCUUCUUUGGUCAGACCCGGUGUGACGAGGAGACCGCCAAGAAGAUCGUUGCUGCCCUCGGCAUUGAAAGCGGAGAGGCGCUCGUCAUGGGUCUUGCUGGCAAAGAUGAGGGAUCCAUGGGUGUUGAGGGCAUGACUACCCGUGGUGGUACUUGGGACGGGCCCCCUCAGGACCCGGUUCUCUACCGUCUGUACGAGGUACUCGUCGUCUACGGCUUCUCUUACAAGGCUCUCAUCCACGAGAAGUUUGGCGAUGGUAUCAUGUCCGCUAUCGACUUCCGCACCUCAGUCACCCGCAAGGCCGACCCCAAGGGUGACCGAGUCGUCAUCACUCUCGACGGAAAGUUCCUCAACUACUCUACCCCGGAGGUCUGGGGCCGCUAG